UAACAACUCAACACAACGUUCGGUUUAAACUUCCAUCUCGGCUGCUUUUGUUUUGGAAUCUGUGUACAUACAUUGAAAACAGCUAAAUCUUAUUUUUUCAUGCAGUUUAAUCUAUGGUAUAUUACAUGUCACAGAAGAAUGUGAAAUAAUGCUGCAUGUGACAUUUAACAAGUACCAGUGAUGAUAAGUGCUCUUAUACCAAGUUUUCGUCAGGUUCAGGGGAACCACGGGAAACACUAUACAGUGUUUGAAAUUGAAGUUUAUGCUUCAGGGAAGUGCCACAAAAUUGAGCGAAGAUAUCGUGCCUUUCAUUCUUUGCACAAGCAGCUAAAACAUAUUAUAAAUGCUCCAGAAUUUCCUCCUAAGAAAGUUCGCAAUUUGAAUCCAAAAGUUCUCGAACAAAGACGAAAAGGUCUUGAAAAUUACAUUCAAGAUCUUUUGAAACGAAAACCAGUGCCUAAGCAGCUACUAACAUUUUUAUCAUUGCCUGGCAUCUCACCAGCAUCAAGUUUAAAUUCUUUUAAGUCAGAAGAAAACAGAGAAAUAAUGCAUCCACCAGUAGUUAUGUAUACUCCUAACCUUUAUGUGGAAGGAAAUCAGAAUAGUUCCUUACCAGAUAUAGUGAGUAAAGGGCUUUUAAUGGCCUUUUAUUCUUCCGAUGAAGAUUUGGAUUAAAGAUAAGGAAAGCAUCAUUACUAGUUUUGGGUUUAGUAUAUCCAGCUUGGCAAAUGUGAAGAAAUAAGUCAUCAUCUAAUGUUAACAUUUUAAUAUGAAAAAGGCCCAGCAAUGAUGCUAAGUGGCAAAACUUAGUUCUUCAUGGAAACUGGCUGUCAUCAUUAAUGAUGUUAUUCCCAUAUAAGUUAUGUUUAUACAUAUUAAUAUAAUCAUGGUUAAGUAUGAAAGGUAUUUUUUGUAGUAGGACAGCUACACAUAAAUGUUUGAAACAUGAAAAAUAAUAGUAAAGAUAUCAACUUUAUGAAAAGCAUGUUAAUUUAGAGCUAAAUUUAUUACUUCUUGAACAUUUACUCUUGAUUGAUGAUCUUUUUGGCGAUAAUGAUAGUGAUGCACUUUAUGUAAAUGGUAUUUCAAUAGUUGUUUUUAAUUAUUGAUUUAUUAGGAGCUCUGUCUUAAGUAAAGGAUUUUUAAAGGGAAAUGUGCAACCAAAAUAUAUGUAUCUAUUGAACAACAUUUAACAUUUUUCGCCACCAGAAACUGAAUAUGGAUAUUCAGAAGUGUCAUCCAUUUAAUCAUCAACGGCUUUAAGCAAUAAAAAAAUUUAUGCAAAUUAAUGAAUACAUGUUUUUCCUGCAUUGUUCUAGAUUUCUCAUCAUAUACUAUAUUUUACUGAUAAUAUAGGUUAAAAUUUACUUUAGAUAUUCUGUUUGUGCGAGUUAUUUAUUAUGAAAUGAAUAUUCAACAUUCAAAUUAAAAUCAUGCGAGAACUUUGCCAUAUAAGAAAUGUAGUUUCUGAAGUCUCAAAAGAAUUUUAUUUUGCUUUAAUCUGUAUAUUCGAAAAUUCUGUUUUCAGCAGUUGGAUAUUGUAAUAUAGUUUUUGUGAUAAUGCCAUUUACUAAGUGUCAAGUUCCCGCAUUUAAAAUAUUAAAGAAAAAUUAUUAGUAUUUAAUGUUUUUAAUAUGUUUAAAUGUGUAGUAAACUUUUAUGAUUUUUGUUGAAUCAAGUAAUUAUUUUUUAUUAGUAACAUGGAGUUUUGGUAUAAUUUUUUUUCCAGUUCUUAGAUUAUGAAAUGAUGCUAUCUGUUUCAUUGCCUACUUUUUUUCACUCUAAAAAAGGUUAAGAUAAUGUCUCUUAAAUUUCUAAAUAAAGGGAAAUUAAAUAUUUUUAUUUUUUUCUGCAAUUCCUAUAGUUAUAUAAAUACUUGAAAAUCUUUAUAAUUUUAUCAUUUUGAUUGUUUUCCUUUUUUAAGUCUGGAAUGUAAAAUGAAAGAGACUGAGAAUUGAUUUUUUGUUUUUUCAAAUAUUCAAUUUGUAGUGUCCAGUGUAAUUCAUCUCAAUAAAAGUUUUUCACUAGUAUUAUGACCAUUACAUACGUUUGCGAAAUUGUGCGAAUUUUUAAAGUUGGGCACUUUUGCAUAUUUUUAACAUGAUCUGCUUGUUUUAGAGAAAAAAAAUAUUUCCGUCAUAAUAUUUCCUUUAUGAAUAAGUUUUUAAAAAUAUUUGAUGUAAAGUAUUUUGAAUUUUAUAUAGAUCAAGCUUGUAAUCUUUCAAAGUAGUUUAUUUUCUCGUCAACAGUUGUUAUCUACUUAGCCUAUUUUUUAUGUUUAUAUUUUAAGCUAAUUUAUAUUUCUUUAAUAAAAGUUUUAGAAUGAA